AAGAAGCAGUUCAAACUCAAUCGGAUGUUGGAUGUCAACUCGAAUGCAGAGGAAACCAGUCUUGAGUGAAAUUAAAAAUAAUCUAUAUAUUCUUAUGUCCCAAUCAGUAAUUUUGAAAUUCCACUUUGAGAAUAAAUAUUGUUUUAUAUUCUACUUCAGGACAUUAAGUGACUUUCAUAAAAACACAUUUUAUUAAUAACUUGUCUCAUGUUGAAGGACGAUAAAUAACGGCCCCAAAGGUUGAAAUUCUUUCAUAUUCUUAUGUGUGAAAAGGUAUGUACCAAGUGGAAAAAGUACUUCCUAACACUUCUGUGAAGUAACAGCUUAUAGGUGACAUUGAAUAAUUAUUCUAAAAUGGCUCAUUAAAAUAUUUAUACUUAUCAGCAGCAAUGUCUCGAGCUCACGAUGUGGCAUGCUUGUUAAGGUCUUUACAACUAAUAGCUGAAGCGGGUGUGAAAAUACAAGAGGAAAAUUUAAAGUACAUAUGGAAAAUCUCCAGCAUUCGCCCAUUUGUGGAAAAUUGUUCUGUAUGCAAAACCCUUCCAAAAGGAAGUUCAAAAACUGUAUCAGAAAUUGGAGAUGCAGCAAAAGACAGUAUUGAACGAGUAGCAACCGUUUUACAUGGGUUGCAUGCAUAUAAAAAUGUGGCCUUGAAAAGAGAUUCUUUUGCAACACCCUCCAAAACCAAGGAAAACUCGAGAAGUUCAUCAAAAACUGAUAAAAUAGAAUACCAACAGUCAAAUACCGAAAAGCUCAAUAGUCAUCCUAUUCACAAAUUCCAAAUAAAAUUAACAAAAAGUGACGAAGAAUUAUUGAGAAAACUUGAUAUGGAGCAUCGUGCAAAGCUAAUCAAAGCUGGUGAUAGAAACAAAGAAGAUGAUGCAGAAGUGAAAACUGUAGACAGUAAUAAAAAAAUGGAAGCAGUGCCUAAUGAGAAAGCUAAACAAAAAUUGUCACAAGAUGCUAAGCAAAGAACAGUUCCUUCAUCAAGAAUAGGAAGGAUGUACUCAUUUGGGACCCUUGCUGCUGGCUUGGGACUGGGGACUGCCACGGAAUAUGCAAAAAGGACACUUGGCCUUGGGGAGUCCGCUCCAGACAGUACUAAUUUAUUUAUGAGCAAAGCUAAUAUGGACAGAAUAGUAGAUACAUUGUGCAAGGUCAGAGGGGCAGCUCUGAAAUUGGGUCAGAUUUUGAGUAUACAGGAUGAAUCCGUUGUAAAUCCAGACUUGGCAAAAGCUCUGGAAAGAGUGAGGAAAUCGGCGGAUUUUAUGCCCAACUGGCAAGUGGAACAGGUGAUGAGUUCUGAGCUGGGACCUGACUGGAUGAAACAUUUCCAAGAGUUUGAACAGAGACCAUUUGCAGCUGCUUCAAUAGGACAAGUUCAUCAAGCCAAAUUGAAAAACGAAAGAGAUGUUGCCAUAAAAAUACAGUAUCCUGGUGUAGCAAAAGGUAUCGAGAGUGACAUCAACAAUCUUGGAGGCAUAAUGAAAAUGUGGAACGUGUUUCCUAAAGGAAUGUUUUUGGAUAACUUGAUGACAGUUGCUAAGAGGGAGCUGGCUUGGGAAGUCGAUUAUAUCAGAGAGGCUGAAUGCACAAAGAAGUUUAAGGGUAUAUUAGAGCCUUAUCAGGAUUAUUACGUUCCAGAAGUUGUGGAUCACUUAUGUACCAAACAGGUUUUCACAACAGAAUUAUUGGACGGCAUUCCUAUUGACCAGUGCUUUGAUCUGGACCUGGAACAUCGAGAAUUCAUUGGAAAUAAAAUCAUGGACCUCAUUCUCCUGGAAAUAUUGAAAUUCAGAUAUAUGCAGACGGAUCCAAAUUGGGCGAAUUUUUUGUAUAAUCCUUCCAAGAAACAGGUGCCACUUUUGCAUUUUUCUAUACUAGUUAAUUUGAAGUUGUGGUUGAUUCGAAGAAAGUCCCAAAAGCCGGGUACUGCAAAAUGUCUGUUAGAUUAUUCGAGCCCUGAAAUGUGGACUGAAAGAUUUCAUUUUCAGAUCAUGGAAGAUGCCCAUGUAGAUGCAGUAAUGAUUCUGGGCGAAAUAUUGAGUACCGAUGGAAAAUAUGACUUUGCCAACCAAGAUAUGACAAUCAGAAUGCAGCAUCUUGCUCAGAUAAUGAUAACACAUCGUUUAUGCCCACCUCCUGAGGAGGUAUAUUCUUUGCACAGAAAACUAUCUGGAGUGUUUUUACUUUGCAGCAAACUUAAAAUACAAAUGGCUUGUAAAGAAAAAUUUUUGAGAUUGUACAAUGAUUAUAUUGCAGAGACUAGGUGAAAAAGAACUCUCAUUAUUUGAAAUCUCUUUUGUGUCUAUUGUGUUUUGGUGUUGUGAAAGUAUUUUUAUCAAAAAUGUUUUGUUAAACGA